AUGCAACAACACAUGGGUCAGCAAUCUCAGCUUCAGGAAAGGAUGUUCACAUUCGUCCUCGAUCAACAACAGCAUCGACUUGUAGAGGGCUUUGGAAAUGGUCAAGUGGUGGCCAACGAGGCGCGGAUGCCAUCGGCCGCAAGACGAGCCAACGCCACGGACCCCACCCCCCCUCCCUCUUCCUCCCCCCCCACCGUCUCUGGCCACGACCCUGCCAGCCGUCCCCUGCCGCCCUUGCAACAGGCCACGCCCUCUCCGACACCCACGCCCACGUUCCUGACGCAGGCGGACACCACGCCCAACGCGUACCUGGCGUGCAUCCAGGGGGACGUCGAGGGCGAGGAGGAGGGGCUCGAGGAGGAGGGGGUCGAGGAGGAGAUUCCCGCGGCGGACUUCGGAAAAGGUAUCAGGUGCCCCGCCCUGCACGAUGGAUUGGCCUGCUGGCCCUCCACUGCCGGGGGUAUGUAUGCCCUGGUACCGUGCCCGGCCUCGUUCACACUCCAUCCGAAUACCACUAAGCGCGCGUCAAGGUACUGCGGGCAAGACGGCGAGUGGGAGCCGGACGCAGCCGACUACUUGGCCUGCGCGACGGAUGAUAUAUUUACGAAGGCAGUUGAGGUGAAGUUCCUUGCCUAA